CAGCCUCAGCAUCAACUGAGUCUCGCGAUGAAAGCGAGGAAACGCGAUAGUUUUGUGCAGCCCGCAAAGUUCUUAUCAUAGCAGCACAGCGGCAGCAGCAACAACAGCAGCAAUGGCCGCUUUCCGCAGAGUGGCAGCGCUGGCCGGUAAGCUAAACCUCUGGUCGGCGGCGAGAAACGAGUUUGUUGGCGGUCAGACGGCCAGUAGAGGAAGGGCACGGAGGUGUCUGGCUGUCGGGAUGUGUCUUGCAACAGGAGGCGCCGUGGCGCUUUACUUCUACAACGAUAAGAUGAGCGGUAAAGGCAGGAAGAGGAUGGGGAGUCACAGCAUCAACGGGUUGCUGCCGUCCAUCCCUGCCGUUGAAGCCAAGGAGAAGGGACAUCCGUUUGACUUUGAGGACGGAGACGUGUACAUGUCGUCCCACGAGUAUCGCUUCCGCACGUUCAGUUCUGUGGAGUAUGAAGGGCAGCUGUACAUGACUCCCCAGAACUUCAUCGAGUCGGUCACCAUGAGCGAACCCAGAAACAAGAAGCCCUGGAGGUCCCUGACCAAACAGGAGCUGGAGAAGAUUUUGACAGAAACUCCCCCAGUAUGGAGAGGAUCCUCCAAACUGUUCCGCAACCUGAGAGAACGAGGCAUCAUCUCAUACACAGAGUACCUGUUCCUGCUCUGCAUCCUUACAAAGCCCCAUGCUGGCUUUAAGAUUGCUUUCAAUAUGUUUGAUGCAGACGGCAACCAGAUGGUGGACAAGAGGGAGUUCUUGGUGCUUCAGGAGAUCUUCCGGAAGAAAAAUGAGAAGAGAGGGAGGAAAGGAGAUGCUGAGAAGUCUGCACAAUUGAGUAUGCAGCUCUAUGGAUAUCAGGUUGCCCCCAUGAACAGUGUGCUAAAAAAAGACAGUCAGGAGUUUGUGGCACGAAGUUACUGGGACGUUCUGAGGAGAAGCGCCAGUCAAGUCCUCUUUUCUGACCUGGCGGAGCGAGCAGAUGAGAGUAUCACCAUCGACACCACCCUAUUGGUCCAUUUCUUUGGGAAGAAAGGGAAGGCAGAGCUUACAUUUGACGACUUCUACAGGUUUAUGGAUAACCUUCAAACAGAGGUUUUGGAAAUAGAGUUUCUGACUUACUCUAAAGGGAUGACCACCAUCAGUGAAGAAGACUUUGCCAAAAUCCUGCUGCGCUUCACCAACGUGGAGAAUAUCAGCGCUUACCUGGAGAAUGUCCGCCAGUGUAUACCUGACGAGAAGAAGCAGGAGGGAAUCACCUUUGAUGAGUUCAGAUCCUUCUUCCAGUUUCUCAACAACCUCGAGGACUUUGCCAUCGCCAUGCAGAUGUACAAUUUCGCUGCUCGCUCCAUUGGACAAGAUGAGUUUGCGAGAGCAGUGUAUGUGGCCACUGGGCUGAAGCUGACACGUCACCUUGUACACACUAUCUUCAAGAUCUUUGAUGUAGAUCACGAUGACCAGCUCUCCUACAAGGAGUUCAUUGGGAUAAUGAAGGACCGUCUGCACAGGGGAGCCAGGGGCUAUAAAUCUGUGGAGCGCGCCACCUCUUUUAAAUCCUGUCUGAAGAGGGAGCUGGCAAGCAGUAGGUGAAGGCCCGACACCACACCUCCUUCUCCAGCUGUGUUCGCUCUGGUGCCAGAAGACAAGUGCACCAGCUCUGGAGGAGGUACAAGGAGAAGCUGUAGAGGAGGAGAGAGAAAGAAGGCAGAAAAAGGAAGAAGUCUGAUGAUGGAAUAAAUCGAGCUGAGCUCUAACCUUUAUAGUCAGUGGCCUGAGUUAACAACAUUGUAUUAUUUAAGGGCAGAUCUCUAAUGGACCGCCAAAGCAGAUAAUAACUACAAGCAUGACUACACACAGCUGACUGACGCUCUGUAAGCUGAUAAUGAGAAACAUCAUUCCUUUUUUGGUUCCUGUCAUCUUGAUCUGAUGCCAGUCAUCCCAAGUAUGAUUUACAGUGUAUUAAAACAAAACAUAAUUAGAUUACAAUAUUACUUUACUCUCCAAGCAUGGCUCCUCCACAACAGUCAGUAGAACUGCAACUGAUCAUUAUUUCUAUUUUGGAUAAAUCUGAUUAAAUUAAGCUUUAAAAACAUUUUUUAAUUAGCUUACGUGUUCUGACCAGCCAUAACAAUAUAAUAUAGAUAUAAAUAAGCAAGUUUUAGCAUUUUUGAAGUUCUACCAAACAAAUGCUAUUUUCACUUAACGGACUACGUUACCACUUACUAAUUAAAUAUAUGCUUUUUUAAAGUAAGAAUAACUGGUUGAACUGCUGCACUACAAACUGUAACAACUGAAAGAGCACAACAAUAAAUAAAAAUAACAAUCUAUUUGAUAAUGAUAACAUUAUCCAUAUAAAAUUAAUAACAGUAUAUAAUAUAAAAGAGUAUAUAAACAUACAGCAGAACACUAAAAUUGUAGAAUUAAAUUAAGGUAUUGUGAGUAUGUAUUGUCCUCACCUCAUUUUAAUCAUCUCAGUCUUUCUUCGCUUAAAUUUUGUUUGCUCUCAUCUAGCCAGUAUAGUGGUGGCUUUUUAUUGCACUAAGAGAGUAUAUAAACACUAUUGCCACAGAAUGCUAUAUUAUCCUAAUAUUACUAAAGCAUGUGGGAUGUCUUUGACCUGGAUGUGACAGCAUGAAAGACAAGGGAAGAUAGUUUUUUUUACAUUUCUUUUGUAAUUUCAAUAUAUGACAUGACUGGAUCCUUAAUGUCUUGACCUGUUUUGUGUUUCAGAGUCUUAGUUGCAUGUAUGACGUACAUAGAUAUCCACAUAGGUGCCUUUUAUCCAUUCUCUUUCUCAUCUGAAAAAUGUCACAUUGAAAACAAGACUUUUUCAGCAAAUAAUUCAGCACUGUGUAGCUGUGUAACAGCAACAGAACUGCACAACAUGUGCAUUGAUCACAUUAUAUGUGCUAUCUGUGAUCCAUCACCCAAUCUUUAAUGUUUUAUAUAUUAUUAAUUGUUAAAAAUCUUUUUUGAAUGUCUUUGUGUGAAAUAUGGAAUAUAUUUUGAAUAUAUUGAAAUGAAGGAAGAAGUCUAGAUGUGUAAGGAAUGGUUGGGUUUUGCCAAGUUAUUUCUCAUAAUGUAAAUUAUUGUCAUUGUGCUCCCAAUAAUUAAUGUAUUUGUCACAUCAGUGGACCUGGUGAAUGAAUUUUCAUGCAUGAAUAAACUAUUUUAGGAAGAGGUGCAUAUUUACUGAGCAUGCUCAACGAAACCCUUUACGCAACAACUUUUUAAUUAACGAAAGAGGACAUGUUACACCUGAAUUCUGCCGUUAAAACUUCUGCGAGAUAAAUAAAGUGCUGUAGUCCCACUGGCUGCUACACUGGUAAGUCAGUUGUCUCAAUGUUUGUACUGAGGCAAAAAGUUCGUUGACACCACAGGAGGUUGUGGGGCAUAACCAGAUUUUUCUCAUGUCCCGUACAUUUUUAUUUAUUAUACUAUGUAUGUAUUUGUUUAAAUUUAUCUGUAAAUUAGCGUUAGUUCAUCGAACCACAGAAGCGGAAAAAUUAACAUAAUCUCACCUGGCCUCGUUAGACACCUGUGGUAACUUUUGAUGAAAUAACAUUAAUCAGCUUUUCUAGAAAGUUCAGUAGUUAAUGUUAGUGUUGUUAUCAGUCGCGAUGAGUUAUAAAAGCAUUACAUAUAAUAUAAUAUAUAAUACAACUUAAUGACCAUUUUGGUGAUAGGCUAUUUUCUACCAUGAAUACUUUUGGUCAAGUUUGAACUUGUGGCAUAGCUGAAGACAGGACCGGUAUGUUACGGCGAAAUUAAAUGCAGGGUUUGCACGAUUUUCGACGUGAAGUGACUUUAGCUGAUAUCUUAGACCACUUGUUUUCCGUGUCUGUUGUCAACGUUUAACUUAUAAAUUAAUGCCUCUGAAACCCCUUAAAACGAGGUGGAAAUGGCGAGUUGGACACGGAACUAUUUUGGUUGCCAGGUUUCUGUCAGGAACAUUAAAAACGACGCACCGCUCAGCAUGCAUCGCAUGUAAACGGUGUAAACCCAAAGUACUUUUAAUACCUCAGUCAUCGUCCCCGUUGUCUUAUAGUUAAUUCUCCAAACAGUCCGGUCUAUUCUCAAGCUUUUGGCUGGUACAGUUCUUUAAAGAAAAAUCAACAAAUAUAUAAAAUGCACGGACUUAUGUGACUCAUUUCGCAAAGCAUUGUGGGUUUUAUGAAAUUGAACUCUUAACAUUAAAUCAACAGCAUUAAUGGCAUUUUAGACUAAAGUGGUCUUAUCGUGGUUUUGUUAAGGUGAUACUUUAUUAACUGGUCGUGUUAGUCAUAUGUGACAGCAGAGAGGAACCCUGAGUGAGGAUGAUGGUUCUGCGCAUGACCCCCUGUUUUCACCCUCUUUCAAACUAAGACUAUACUUUCAGGGAUCAUUUCUAUAGUUUCUGACUUGAGAAAUGUGUUUCUAAAGUGAUUGGUCUCGCUAACCACGAUGAUGAGUCGUGAUAUUCCCUUCUGAGCGCGAAGCGGAUGGAGAAUAAUGAUUCAGUUCAUAUGUUCUUCAUCAUUGAUGACCGUUCUUUACUUCCUCGUGGAGUAUUGAGGAGGGGAAUAUGAUCAGAGUGGUA